AUGUCCAAACAGGACAGGGAGAGACGUCCCUUGUUUGAGGUGGUAGCUUCGUUCUCUUAGCAGUCCUUUACAUACUCCUAUACUCUUCGGACGUCUUCCUUCCCGCGAAGACAAUUCCUUUGGUGUAAAGGACGUACAAGUAAGUCUUUUUAUUAAUGUAUGAUUUUCUGGGUGAAUGACAGUGGUAGGAUUUAUCCAGUGAUGACAGCUUAGCAAGAACUCAAAUCAGAAGAGUUGAAUGAAUGUCUAGCUAACGUUACCAUAUCAUUAAGGUUCUUGUUUACUGCCGCUAUAAGCUGUAUAAUGGACUUCAGACAAGCAUGACAUAGCCGUCCAAUGACAUUUUAUAACUGACUGAUUAUGCUGAUGUGUCUCCUUGAUGUCAGGAAAUGCACAAAAAAAAGGUUAUGCCAGUCAUAUUCAGAUAAUGUCAUUUAGUUCAAUGCAACUACAGUAUAAUGUGGUAUUAGGGACACUGGCCGUGUUCGAGAGGAUCAAAACCAUAAUGUAUCAUGGGUAAAUUCUGACUGAUUGACUGACUGACUGAUCUACAAAUAAUAAUGAGUAGUUAUUUAUGAUGUAAGGUUAUAAAUAGGUUUGUAGAUCAGUCAGUCACAAUUUACCCAUGAUACAUUACGGUUUUGAUCCUCUCGAACACAGCCUCUCUCUUUACUGCACCAAUGUUAUCUUUUCAUCCUCUACAUCCUGGUCGUACAGGUGUACUGAAUGGUGACGUGGGACUGGGUGGGGUGGGGCACUGAAAUUGAAUAGUCAAACGGCAUACCUCUUAAAAAAUGUCUAGCUUGACAAGCCCUCCAGGUUUUAUGGGUGGCUCUCUUAGACAAAAGGUAACCUGGGCUGUUCCUGAAAUACUAUGACAGUCUCUCAUGAAAGUCAAAUAAAAUCAAAGUUUGUUGGUUGUGUACACAGUUUAUCAGGUGUUAUAGCAGGUGCAAUGCUUUUGUUACUAUCCUGAACAAAAAUAUAAAUGCAACAAUUUCAAAGGAAUUUCAUAUAAGGAAAUCAGUCAAUUGAAAUAAAUAAAUUAGGCCCUAAUCUAUGGAUUUCACAUGACUGGGAAGGGGUUCAACCAUGGGUGGGCCUUGGAGGGCAUAGGCCCACCCACUUGGCAGCCAGGCCAGGCCCAGCCAAUCAUAAUGAGUUUUUCCCCAUGAAAGGGCUUUAUUACAGACAGAAAUACUCCUCAUCACCCGCCCCCCACCCCCCCUCAGAUGAUCCCAAAGGUGAAGAAGCCGGAUGUGGAGGUCCUGGGCUGGUGUGGUUACACGUGGUCUGCGGUUGUGAGGCCAGUUGGACGUACUGCCAAAUUCUCUAAAAUGACGUUGGAGGCAUCUUAUGGUAGAGAAAUGAACAUUCAAUUCUCUGGCAACAGCUCUGGUGGACAUUUCUGCAGUCAGCAUGCCAAUUGCAUGCUUCCUCAAAACUUGAGACAGCUGUGGCAUUGUGUUGUGUGACAAAACUGCACAUUUUAAAGUGGCCUUUUAUUUUUCCCAGCACAAAGUGCACCUGUGUAAUAAUUAUGCUAUUUAAUCAGCUUCUUGAUAUGCCACACCUGUCAGGUGGAUAGAUUAUAUUGGCAAAGGAGAAAUGCUUUCUAACACAGAUGUAAACUAAUUUUUGGAAAAAAAUUCAGAGAAAUAAACUGUUUGUGUGUAUGGACAAUUUCUGAGAUUUUUUAUUUCAGCUCAUGAAACACUUUACGUUGGGUUUAUGUUUUUGUUCAGUGUAGCUCCUAACAAUGCAGUAAAAUGUCAAACAAUUUAAAUGUAUGGGGGAAAAUUACAAGAAAUUAAGAAUGGUGGGACAAAUCUGAUUUAACAACCCAAAUAGCACUGUAGCAGUUUGUACAUUCCUAUAAUCACACCAUGAGUUGUUCAUCAUAAAACAUACUCCUCCGCCUUUGUUUUUCCUGCUAAGCUCUAGUCAGACAUUGACCUUUAGGAAUUCAAUAAGGUAGAUCUAAGCACAUCUCUAGUAUGUUGCCGUGUCCACUAAUGGUGUUCUCAUGUGUGUUGCUGUUGUGUGAUGUGUUCUGUCUUUGUAAGGCAGGCAUUCAGGAUGGCACAGAAGGUCCUGGUGACUGGGGGAGGAGGCUACAUAGGCAGCCACUGUGUGGUGGAACUGAUUGAGGCAGGAUUCUGCCCUGUGGUCAUAGAUAACUUCAGCAAUGCUGUCCGAGGUAAGUGUCUUUAGUUUGCCCAGCGUAACUUUGAGAGUGAUAGUGUCGUAAGACACGUUAUCUGUUUGACAGUUACUGUUUGUUUUGGGUAACAACAGUUACAGUAAAGGUGUUUAUGUGUGUGUGUGUGUGUGCAUGCAUGUGUGUUGAUCAUUGUUCCACAUCCUGAUGUUUUGUGGAGGAGAAGGAGAUGUCCCUGAGAGCCUGCGGAGGAUAGAGAAGAUCCUGGACACCAGCAUUGAGUUCCAUGAGCUGGACCUGCUGGACCGCCCAGGCCUGGAGAAGCUUUUCAAACUGGUUAGAAACUACACUCAUCCCUGCUGAACAGUGUUCCUAUGCAUUUGCUUUAACUAGGCCCCAGAGUUUGUCCUCUUUAGGUCAUGUGGUCCGGGAUAACUCCUGGCCCUAUUAUGAGUUUUGCUCAAGACAUCACUUACCUUUGUCUUUAUUAAGUGUUUACUUGUUUGUCUCUGUCUUAAUGUCUUAACAGCAUUCAUUCAGUGCUGUAAUGCAUUUUGCUGGUCUGAAAGCGGUGGGUGAGUCCGUUGAGCAGCCAUUGCGGUACUAUCGGGUCAACCUCACUGCAACCAUGAACUUGCUUGAGGUAAGUUAGAACACCUCAAUCUCAGCUUGCCUUGCAUUAUUUGAAGUUUCCUAUUCUGUAAUGGCUGCUUUCCUAGAACUGCUACCUAAGUGCAUGGAUGCCUGUGUGUAUUGAUUUGAUAACUUUGUAGCACUGUUCUUGUCUUUUACUUCAUGACUAGCUAAUAAUGUUUACGUGUUGCUUGCAAUAAUCUCAACCAACCUUGUGAUGUUAGUCUGUAUGCCUAAGUGUGUGUGCUUUAGAUUGCUGUCUCAACGGCUGCUGUCCGUGUGUGUGUCGUGUGUGUGUGUGUGCAUCUGCAUGUCUCCAAGGUGAUGCAGACUCACGGCGUGCGCAAUCUGGUCUUCAGCAGCUCAGCCACGGUGUAUGGAGACCCCCAGCGGCUUCCCAUAGAUGAACAGCACCCUGUUGGGGGGUGCACCAACCCCUACGGCAAGACCAAGUACUUCAUAGAGGAGAUGAUUAUGGACCAGUGUAAGGCAGAGAAGGUACUGUACCUACCUACCCCAGGCUCUCUAUUCAUCAUCACACACCCUGACCAUCUGUCACAUACAUCCCAUGCAUGAUAGAUGUCCUGAAUAACAGUUUAUAUAACAAUGUGUAUAAUGAUAAUAAUGCCCAUACUACUGCAUGUAUUCCCAGGACUGGAACGCAGUGCUGCUGCGGUAUUUCAACCCCAUCGGGGCUCACUCCUCUGGGCUCAUCGGAGAAGACCCUCAGGGCAUCCCCAACAACCUGCUGCCCUAUGUCGCCCAGGUAACCACAAAUAAUGUUUAUCCACCUUGAAUGAUGUGGUAUCCCACUUAGUUAUUCCUUUUCUAAUUUCUGUUAUUUUCACCGGAAUGUAGUUUUGUACACUGAACAAAAAUAUAAACGCAACAUGUAAAGUGUUGGUCCCAUGUUUCAUGAGCUGAAAUAAAAAAUCCCAGAAAUGUUCCAUACGCACAAAAUGCUUAUUUCUCUCAAAUGUUGUGCACAAAUUUGUUUACGUCCCUGUUAGUUAGCAUUUCUCCUUUGCCAAGAUAAUCCAUCCACCUGACAGGUGUGGCAUAUCAAGAAUCUGACUAAACAGCAUGACUAUUACACAGGUGCACCUUGUGCUGGGGACAAUAAAGGGCCACUCUAAAAUGUGCAGUUUUGUCACACAACGCAAUGCCACAGAUGUCUCUGUUUUGAGGGAGCGUGCAAUUGUCAUGCUGACUGCAGGAAUGUGCACCAGAGCUGUUGCCAGAUAAUUGAAUGUUCAUUUCUCUACCAUAAGCCACCUCCAACAUCGUUUUAGAGAAUUUGGCAGUACAUCCAACCGGCCUCACAACCGCAGACCACGCGUAUGGCGUCGUGUUGGCGAGCGAUUUGCUGAUGUCAACGUUGUGAACAGAGUGCCCCAUGGUGGGGUUAUGGAAUGGGCAGACAUAAGCUACGGACAACGAACACAAUUGCAUUUUAUCAAUGGCAAUUUGAAUGCACAGAAAUACCGUGACGAGAUCCUGAGGCCCAUUGUGAGGCCCAUUUCUUUUAAGGUAUCGGUGACCAACAGAUGCAUAUCUGUAUUCCCAGUCGUGAAAUCCAUAGAUUAGGGCCUAAUGAAUUUAUGUCAAUUGAAUGAUUUCCUCAUAUGAACUGUAACUCAGUAAAAUCUUUGAAAUUGUUGCAUGUUGCGUUUUAUAUUUUUGUUCAGUAUAAUUGACUUAACUUUAGGUGCUGUGGCUCUCUCUUCUCUAACCCAGGUUGCCAUUGGGAGAAGAAAACACCUCAAUGUGUUUGGGAAUGACUACGACACUAUUGAUGGAACAGGUAAUGAUGACUGACUUUAUGCUUAAAGAAAAAAAGAGGGUUGAUUGACAUUGAUUGAAAACAGCACUGAAUAGAAUUCAAUUAAUCAUAACCUUGUCUGAUGGUAAGUGUCAAAUCAUAUUUUUUUACAGAAAUGCAUCCAAUUGUGAAUAAUCCUUCUUCUCUUUAGGGGUGCGAGAUUACAUCCAUGUUGUGGAUUUGGCCAAAGGACACAUAGCUGCCCUCAAGAAACUGAAGGACAAUUGUGGAUGCAAAGUACAGGCUGGCUUACCUGACCCUACUGUUACAUGUUUCAUGUCUUCUGUCUUUCCUCAUUCAUUCAUAAUUGCUCUUGUCUCAUCCAUUGCCUUAUAGAAACGUGACAUUUUCCCCUUCUCUCUCUCCCUCUCUCUCUAGGUGUAUAAUUUAGGAACAGGAACUGGUUACUCUGUGCUCCAGAUGGUAAAGGCUAUGGAGAAGGCCUCAGGGAGAGAGGUGAGUGACUUGACCCUCUUUUAAAAACUUCAGAGCCUUCAUCCAUCAGUAUUCCUGUAUUUUAUAUUUAUUACCUCUUAAUUACAGGGAAUGGAAUCAUUUUUAGAUCUUCAUGUGUAGAAAGCAGCUACCUCAAGCAAUACCUGUCUGACCGCUAAUUCCAGACCAAACCAUUUCACAUGGGGGUGGUUGUACUGUUAUGAUUGUCUUUGCCACAGAUCAUGUACCUGAUUGCCCCCCGACGAGGAGGAGAUGUAGCGUCCUGCUAUGCUGACCCCCGUCUGGCUGAGAAAGAGCUGGGCUGGAAAGCUGACUUCGACCUGGAGAGAAUGUGUAAGCACACCUUAAUUGAACUACCUACCACUUACUGUAACUGUUACUCUGGGUUUAUGCAUCAUUUGUCAACACACCACGACAGCUCCAGUCCUCAGCACAAUGCACAAUCCUGAUUCCAUAGAACAAAUAUUUAUUCUCAUAAUAUAUAAGCCUAGCGGUUUAGAGCAUUGGGUCAGUAACCGAAAGGUUGCUGGUUCGAAUCCCCGAGCCGACUAGGUGAAAAACUGUCAAUGUGCCCUUGAGCAGGGCAUUAAACCCUAAUUGCUCCUGUAAGUCGCUUUGGAUAAGAUAAAUUGUCUUCUGCUAAAUGACUAAAAUGUAAUAAUGUCAUGCCUUUGGUUAUGUCUUCCAAGGUAAGGACCUGUGGCACUGGCAGUCCAAAAACCCAACUGGAUUCACCAAUAACGGCCCGUCUUCAUGAGAUAUCACUCAAUGCUCAUCUCAUUGAGUCUCUUCUUCACUUCCUCCUAAGUUACUGGGCCAAAGCAAAUCAUAAAGUUCCAAAUUUUUCUACCACAUUCACCAUUCACACAUGAAGAGACCUUGACGAAAUGAAUGAUUUAUAUUUCAUAAUGAUUUAAUAUUAUGUUGAUUCCAUACAGCUACUUUCACUAAGGCUAUUCUCUAAAUACCAUGUCUUAUCUCUGUUUGUCUUGUCAUUUAUAUGUAUUGGGGGGGAAGAGUGCUGAGGAGUAUUUUUCUUGAUAAUACAGGAGUAAUAAAGGCCUACUUCACUAAUUUUGUUGAUACAUUUUUAUUUAUGUUAUUUGUAUUUAUUAUAAUUUGUUUUAAAUUUAGAUUUAUCAGGGGCGCUGCAGCACCCUCAGC